AGUCUGCGUUCAGCUUUGGAUGCGCGCGUUUAAGUAUAGUGAGCGGUUUAAGUGACUGACUAAGUUUGGAUCGUACUUGGAUUUCUGCUUUGGAAUACAUUAUAACACUACAUGAUGGUUGGAACCCUAAUGAGAUACUCUUUUAUCAUGCGUGAUGACAAAAACUCAUCUCUGAGCGACACCAUGAAAAUGGGGCCUUUCGCGAACGCAAACCCCGACACGCGCAAAACCUCGAAACCUUCGGACGAAGAACCCGAAUUGAUCAUCCCUUUCAAUCGACUGCUGAAAAUAUCGCCGGACUUGACGAGCAACAAGGAGAACGAGGAGAAUCAGCCGACCAACGGGCAGAAGGUAGCGACGGAAGAGAGCAGAACGGCAGUGGACGAGAACAGGAACGGAAAAAGUUGCAAGGAGUGCAAGGAACAGCAGCAGAAAGAGGGAGGCAACGGCAAAACUUCGACGACGGACAGCAGAAGUUCCGCGCUCACGAUGUUCUCGACGAACGACGACUUCAUUAUGGUAGACUUGAAAACACCGUUCACCAGCACCAACGCCAACACGGAGCUGGGCAAAUUCUACCGCGAAUGCCAGACAGCGCCCCCUUUGAUGGAGUUCGCUGAGCUGCCCCCUCUAGCGGAGCUGGACGUCACCAAGCAACUUGAAACGUUCGAAUCCGACCUGAACGAGUACGACAACAUCGUUCAGUCGCUUUGUCAGUCGCCGAACAACAACUGAAAAAUUUAGCGAAAAUUUUGUUAUUAAAAUGAAAAUUUUUACCCUAAAAUUCUAUUUAUUGUUUUUAGAUUUAGUCUAAAUUGUUGUGCGUUGUCUGGUCGUUGGGAGGAUGAAGAUAUUUCGCUUGCCAUUGGUGGGAUUUUAA